UAACAUAAAAUAUUCAGCAGCAUCAUUCAGAGCGUCUAAGAAGAAAUGAACGCGAGUUUCAAAGAUAACCGCUGGUAGAGGGCAGACUGGUUUUUAGAGAAACUUCAGAAACAACAUCAAAAGAACAAUUAUUAUUAUUAAUUGCAAUUUAUUCCAUUUGGAUUUCCUUGGCGGCCUCAAGAAAAUUACUUUAUUAUUAUCAAUUUCACCAUUAGUUUGCCUUUUUUUAAUCUAAAAAGAUGUGGACUUUCCUGGGAAUAGCGAGCUUCACAUACCUUUAUAAAAAGUCCGACACAGUCCUGAGUUUGGCUCAGAGAGAGCUGCUGAUCGCUGCAAUCUUAUUACUGAGUGCCGGGCUGCUGCUGUCUUAUAUCAGGUAUUUUCACUGGCAGAAGCUCCGCGUCUCUCAGGUGCUUAAUUUGCCGCUGAGCCUUUUGUCUUUUUUACCUGUUAUCAACCACUUAAUCCCUCAAACUGCAACACAGAGGAGCGAGACAGCAGAGAACAACAGUAAAAGAACAAGGAGAAGAAGAGUGGGAACAGAGUCCUCACAUAGCGCCUCAGCCUGCAGCUCCAGAUGCUCAGAGCCAGAUGUGGUGAUAGUUGGGGCCGGGGUCCUGGGCUCAGCCAUGGCAGCUGUUCUGGCCCGGGAUGGGAGGAAGGUGGUGGUGGUGGAGAGGGACCUGAAGGAGCCAGACAGGAUAGUGGGGGAGCUGCUGCAGCCUGGAGGGUACAGAGCACUCAGAGACCUGGGACUGGAAGGUUCAGUCGAGGGUCUGGACGCCCAUCUGGUUAACGGCUACGUGAUCCACGACAUCGAGAGCGGCUCAGAGGUGGAGGUUCCCUACCCCCAGGAAGAGACAAGCAUCCAGUGUGGACGCGCUUUCCAUCACGGUCGAUUCAUCACAGGCCUGAGGAAAACCGCUCUGGCUGAACCAAAUGUCACAUUCAUAGAAGGCACCGUGACCAGUCUGCAGGAAGAAGACGGCUGUGUAACUGGAGUCCAAUACAAGAAUAAAGAAACUGGAGACAUCAAGGAGAUCCAUGCAGCUCUGACUGUGGUGGCUGACGGCUGUUUCUCCAAAUUCAGGAAGAGUCUGGGCUCUGGGAAAGCUCGAGUCUCCUCUCACUUUGUGGGAUGUCUUAUGAAGGACUGUCCCCAGUUUAAGGCCAACCAUGCUGAGCUGGUGCUGGCCAACCCCAGCCCGGUGCUCAUCUACCAGAUCUCCUCCUUACACACCAGAGUGUUGGUGGACAUCAGGGGGGAGAUGCCUCGCAACCUGCCAGAAUACAUGGCCGAGAAAAUACACCCACAGCUGCCAGAGCAUUUAAAGGAACCGUUCAUGGUGGCACUGCAGAACGAUCGACUCAGGUCCAUGCCCGCCAGCUUCCUCCCUCCAUCCCCUGUCAACAAGCCAGGUGUGCUUCUCCUGGGCGAUGCUUACAACAUGAGGCACCCUCUGACGGGAGGAGGGAUGAGUGUCGCUCUUAACGACGUUCGCAUCUGGAGGAGUCUGCUCAGCAACAUCCCAGAUCUGUACGACGACGUGGCCAUGCUGAAGGCAAAGAAAAAAUUCCACUGGCAGCGCAAGUCAUCACAUUCCUUUGUGGUGAAUGUGUUGGCCCAGGCCCUGUAUGAGCUGUUUGCAGCCACCGACAAUUCUCUUCAUGAGCUAAGAAAGGCCUGCUUCCAGUACUUUAAGCUCGGAGGGGAAUGCAUCGCUGGGCCUGUUGGACUCCUCUCAGUGUUGACACCCAAACCCAUGACCCUUAUUGGACACUUCUUCGCUGUGGCGAUGUACGCAAUCUACGUCAACUUCAAGUCUGAAUCCUGGAGCACCAAACCUCGAGCUCUGUUUAAGAGCGCAGCCAUCCUGUACCGAGCCUGCACAGUCAUGUUUCCACUCAUCUACUCCGAACUCAAGUACCUGGUCUACUGAAGAACACAGGGUGAACAUAAAGACUAAACCAUGUGAGGUCUUAACAGAUUUAAAACAGGGAAAAAGUGGCCUUCUUGCUGUGAAAAGGAACUUUCAACCAGCAUCAUGGGAAUUUUCUACAGUAUGUCCCUGCCUUAUCAGACUGUCUGACUUAAUGCCUUCUUUCCGUUUGGACUUGUUUUCCCACAAUGCCUUGGUGUCAGCCUGUUGGUCUUCUCUGUCUGCUGGAGGACUGCAGUGUACAUUUGCUUCUUAGCUUAGGAAUUAUUCCUGCCAAACAGAAUUGCCACGUGAAGCAUGGCAGCUGAGCUUCAAGUGACUUCGAGAUAAAGCCACUUUUCUGCUGUAUAUUGUCAUGUUGAGCUAACGCGGACCGUAUUUAAUGUGAUGAUGCUUCUGUAUUAAUUGUCUUUUCUAAUUUUAAACCUAAAGCACUGAUGCUGGGAUGCUGCAGACAGCAUUCUGUUUUAAUUAUCUUUACAUUGUAUUUCAAGCAAAAAAUAUUUCUGUUCCAGUGCAUUUUUAGCCUUUUUUGCCGAGCAAAAGGUCUGCAUUACUGUAUUUGAUUAAGUCACACACCUCUUGUCCCCUGAUUAUCGUUCGUGUUCUUCCCAGGAUCGUUGCUCUCCAUUAUACUGUACUAUAAGGAACUUUUUGCAACACAUUUCUACUCUCUGUGUGUGAAACAAGCUGACCGUGCAGCUAAAUGUGUCAAGACUGUAAUCCCAAAACCCGAGGAUGAACCCUGUACUAUUUUCGUCCUACUGGAUGUCAGUAAAGACCUGACGCAGCACGAAUGCCUCGGAGGACAUUUGGCUUUGAUGGGGACCUGACAGUAGGAACAAUCAGGACCAAGUCAUUGGAUGAAGCUCAGGUGUUUUUUUUUUCAUCCUGAGCUGACAAACUCCUGACGUGUUCGAUCACCACAGAUUCCUGCUGUGUUCACCUGUGUGUGCCUGUUGGGCUCAGUGAGCUGUUUAAAUAAACCAUGACAAGAUUAA